AUGGGCCGCUGGACGCAGUUCGACGAGGACUCCUACCGCCUCUCCGAGGGCUUCAAGCGCGUCGCCUACGACACCGAGACCAAGCGCUAUACUUUCGUCGACUCCAAGGGUGUUGCGUAUGUCAGCAAUCCCGACGAGGAAUACGGUCCAAUGACUCCCAAGGCGGACUUGGAGUCGUCGCGCCCAGGAGCUUUUGCAGAAGACGGCCAGGACCGCCCUCAACUCUCCCGCCCGACGACCAAGUCCUCGUCUAGCUUCCACGACAUUCUACCCUCCCAUCACAUCGGCGCCGCGGCGCCCCCCGCAGAGGAGCCCAGCAGCAGCAAGCAGAUAGCCGACGUCGUCGAGACGGUGAUGCCCAAGGUGCAGGGCGUGGUACAGGACAUACGCCGCCGGUUUGGGACGACGUCGAAGCGCGAGAAGGGCAAGAGCUCGCCGGGAUUCUUGGCGGACAAGAAAAUGGAGGAAGAGUCCCCACCACCGGUCGGAGAGGCCGAAAAGCUUGGGUACGGCGGUCGCGCGCAGGACGCCCGACAGGCUCGCCCGAAGAAGCUCGCGGACGAGAAGUCGCCCCUGCUCAGCGAGUCGGGCGCGUCGAGCAGCCCCCAGGCUAAGUCGAGCUCGCGGAAGUAA